GAAAUGAAACUAUCGCUACACGGAAGUGUAGGAAAGAAAACAAAUAAUCGUUCAAAUUUGUGUCGAGCUGAAGUCGGAGAAGACGCCCUGAGAACCGUCUACUUUGUGGAUUACUUUGUUUUGACGUCGAGCCCGGUACACGAUGGACUUCCUGUUCGGGAGAAGGAAGACUCCGGAGGAGAUGCUGAAGCAGAAUCAGAGGGCGCUCAACCGAGCCAUGAGAGAACUGGACCGGGAGCGAAUGAAACUGGAGCAGCAGGAGAAGAAGAUCAUCGCUGACAUAAAGAAAAUGGCCAAACAGGGACAAAUGGACGCCGUCAAGAUCAUGGCCAAGGAUCUGGUUCGCACGCGGCGCUACGUCAAGAAGUUCAUCAUGAUGAAAGCCAACAUUCAGGCCGUCAGUCUAAAGAUUCAGACGCUCAAAUCCAACAACAGCAUGGCUCAGGCGAUGAAGGGCGUCACCAAAGCCAUGGCCACCAUGAACAGACAGCUGAAACUGCCUCAGAUCCAGAAGAUCAUGAUGGAGUUCGAACGACAGAGCGAAAUCAUGGACAUGAAAGAGGAGAUGAUGAAUGACGCGAUCGAUGAUGCCAUGGGUGACGAGGAUGACGAGGAGGAGAGUGACGCCAUCGUGUCUCAAGUGCUGGACGAGCUGGGUCUCAACCUGUCGGACGAACUGUCGAACCUCCCGACCACCGGAGGAAGCCUGUCGGCGGCCGGAGGAAAGAAGGCCGAGCCCCAAGCCGCCCUGGCCGACGCGGACGCUGAUCUGGAGGAGAGGCUGAAUAACCUCCGGAGAGACUGAACUCACAGUAACUGUCAGACGAGCGCGCCGCGGCGGCGGUGGUUAAUACAGAAUCAAACAUACUCGAAUCUCCGCAUUUAGAUUCUUUUGAAGGCGUAACUGGCAGAACACUAGCUGUUUCAGCAAGCAGUGUGUGUUGGGUGUUCAGCUUUCUGUUUGAGGUGUUUUCAUUUUACGCGUGUAUUAAGUAUUUUAUCCAAAAAAAAAUAAACCUACAAGGGUCGCUGUCCUUCAUAGGUCUACAAAUUCUGUCUCAUUUAAGACAUUGCCAGACCACAGAAAUUCUUGAAAGUGUGAAUUUAUUUCACAGUCUGUGUAAAUACUGACUCCUCCAGGCAUGAAGUUUUCACAAUUUAAAUGAACACUAAGAGCAAAAUGUUAAAAAGAACCCAAAAGAAAGCUGGAGACGUGACAGAAGUGGAUGUUUUAUAUGGAUGACGUAAACACGUGUCAGCACUUUUUGUACAUCCGGCUGGUUUUGUGUUCUCUUUCUCCACAUCGUCAUGUAAAAUACAGCGUUUUCAUCCUGAUUCAAGCUUUUCGAUGACUUUUGACUAUGUUUGUUUGUCGGGGUUGACUGUCGGGCUCCGGCUGAAGAUGGUGCACAGAGAGAGAAAGUGGGCCCGUCUACUUCCUGGUAGCUGUUUGUCAGUGGUGUGUUUGAGAUCAGCAGGAUUUUCUCAACAUGUUGUUCUGGAGUCAGCGGUUAUUUUUCACUGACUCGCCUGUUUUUCUUUUCUUUAUUCAAUAAAAUUCAAUAAACUUU